CAGUAGUCGCCUGGCAGCUCUGAUCGUGCGUGCAGGUGUGUGCGCUUCUCCUCUCAGGCGAGUGGAGAAAUUAAGUUUUCCUAUAGUUAUUACAAGUUGAUACGAUUAACAAGUUUUGAUAAAAGUAAUUCAUACGAGUACCCGGAGUGCCCUGCAAAGACCUAUUGUCUUCUAGAAUGGGCAGAAGGCGGGAUGAAGGCAUGCUUCUCCCAGCAGUGGCGGCCCUGCUGUGCUCGCCCUCUCUGGCCGCCCUCCUCAGGCCACUGACAAACGGGUCGUGCGAGGUGGGCUGGUUUCCCUGCGGCGGGCAGAGUGGCCUGUGUCUGGAGCAGCGAUUCUUCUGUAAUCACGUGAACGACUGUCCCAGUGGCCUCGAUGAACACGACUGUUUGGACGACAAAGGGGACACCACUCUCCUCAAGAAGGUACUGAGCAGGCCCUUACACCUGUGGGAGAACCGAUACAAAUGCAGCUUGGCUCAGUACCCUCCGGAGUGCCACUGUCAGCUGAAAACACGGGUUGAUUGUACCAACCUCCAGCUGAGAGCAGUGCCACAAGAUAUAGACAGCCGCGUUACCACCUUGGCGCUGGGGAACAACACGAUCACACUCACCGCAGACUCCCUCAAUCGCUACCCUCGUCUGACUAUCAUGCACCUCCAGAACAACAGCCUCAAGAGCAUCCCGACGGGGACCUUCGCUGCUGUGCCCAACCUUGCCAUGCUAUUCCUGAAUUACAACGAACUGUCUACACGUGGCGCCGCUGGUGCACUGGAGGGUCUGAGAUCGCUACGAAGCAUUGAUCUCCUUGAUCUGUCCCACAACUCCGCGCUGGAGCUGGACGAGGUGGUGACCCUGGCUCGCGGCCCACACUUCCUAUUCAUGAACCACAACCAGGAGACUCUUCAGGGCCGAAAGUGUUUCCUUCUUCUGCCCGUCAGUGUGAUGAUGUUUAGACCACGGCGCUCGUACGUAGAUGUUGUGUGUAUAUUGUUUCUGGAGGAUAACUUGGUGGAGCAGCUGACAGUCACCACUCUCAGGGGAUUCACGGCUCUGGAAGCUCUCUACCUGCGACGCAACAGGAUCCGGGUCAUCAUCGGCGGCGCCUUCGUGAACCAGCCGCGGCUCCUCGACCUUGAACUCAACUUCAACAAGAUCACAUUCAUCGCCCAGGACGCCUUCAGGGGCCUCAAGUCUCUCGUGAACCUAAAUUUGAAGGGCAAUCCUCUGUUAGUAAUGGAAAGCGGCACCCUGAAACAGCUGUCGGCCUUGGACUCGUUACGUCUGGCCGACAUGGAGCUCUCCUCGGACCUGCUGUAUAACAUCUCCAAAGACAUCACACGCAGCCCUCACACUCCAAACGUCACCCAUGUCUACUUCAAGAGAUUCCGGUACUGCAGCUCCGUGCCCGUCAUUCUGGACUGUUGGCCCAAGACAGACGGUGUGUCGUCUUUCGAGCACCUCCUGGGCCACGAACGGCUGCGGGUGGUGGUGUGGCUGGUUGCCAUGGCGACGUUGGUGGGCAACCUCACCGUGCUGGGCGGCCGCUGCUGCAUUGGGGACGACAACAAGGUGCUCUCCCUCUUCAUACGUAACUUGGCAGUGGCGGACCUGAUGACGGGGCUGUACCUGGUGGUGGUGGCUGCCAAGGACGUGCUGUUCCGGGCACGGUACAACGAGCACGCCUACUACUGGAUGGCCUCCUGGCAGUGCACGGCCACGGGGAUCCUCGCCAUGACGUCGACUGAGGUAUCCGUGUUGAUCCUGUCCUUCAUGUCUGUCGAGCGGUGGCUUUGUAUCAGCUGGCCUCUGCGUGCCCCCAGAGUGUCCCUUCCCCUGGCCAAGGUCACGCUGGUCUUCAUGUGGGUCGUCGGUUUUGCUCUCGCUGUUGGUCCCGUGCUUCUCUACCGCGGCCACCAAGGGUUUUAUGGCACCAACGGCCUCUGCUUCCCCUUGCACCUGGACGACCCCUGGGUGCCCGGUUGGCCCUACUCUGCCGCGCUCUUUCUCGGCCUUAACCAGCUGGGAGUGGUGGUGAUCCUGGUGGCGUAUGCGUGCAUGUUCGCCAGCAUCCGUCACACCCGCGCCAACACGCCGCUCUCCCUCGACGACCGCGAGUGGGCGAUGCGGUUCUUCUUCAUCGUCUUCACCAACUGCAUGUGCUGGGUGCCCAUCAUUAUCCUCCGCAUCCUGGCCCUCGCCGACGUCGAAAUAAAGCCCGUCAUGUACCCGUACGUGGUGGUGCUGCUGCUGCCAAUUAACUCGGCCAUCAACCCCUUCCUCUACACCUUCACGACCACCAAGUUCCGCACGCAGGCCCGCCGCUUCCUGCUGGCGAGGGGAACGUGUCCCUGGGCUGCCCGCAGGGACUCAGAGUCAGAGGCUAUGAAGACCUUUUUCUCGCGGAGCCUCACCCCGAAGUUCCACAACGGCCGCAGCGUAGUCGUCGUGCAGCGCCACAGCUCACCCAGGCACUCGGCGGAGGUCCAGGUCCCCGACGACUCCAAGCUCUCACAGGGGCAGCGUUACGGCGCGGUGGCCGACACUCCGGUGUAGCACAUAAGUGUAUCAAUUAAAACACCCGCUGGAAUCUCCCAUACCUCAGCAAUGGAUCUUAAGUAAAUUAAAGACUCCCUCCUGUUUAUCAUGUCUUAGAA